AUGAGUUGGAAAGGCUUCACCAAGGGUAUCACCCGAGCCCCUCAAACAGUCAAGAGCCGCUUCAAUAUUGGGGAAAUAUCCAAAGAUCCCAUCUACAUCGACGCUGAAAGGCGUUUCCAAGAGUUGGAGCAGGAGACGAAGAAACUACACGAUGAAUCCAAGAAGUACUUUGACUCCAUCAACGGCAUGCUGUCCCACCAGAUUGAAUUCUCCAGAGCUAUCGCGGAAAUAUACAAACCUAUCUCUGGUCGAAUGUCCGAUCCCGACUCUUUUGUAGCCGAAGGCAACCCGGAGGGCAUACGCGCCUGUGAAGAAUAUGAAGUUAUUGUCAAAGAGCUCCAGGCCACAUUAGCGCCGGAGCUGGAAAUGAUUGAGUCGAGAAUCGUCAAACCCGCCGAGGAGUUGCUUGAAAUCGUAAAGGUCAUUCGAAAAUCGGCGGUGAAACGAGACCACAAACAACUGGACUACGAUCGACAUCGUGCCACGCUCAAAAAACUUCAGGACAAGAAAGAGAAGACACUCAAGGACGAAAAGGCCCUCUAUAAGGCUGAGAACGACGUCGAGCUGGCGACCCAAGACUAUGAAUAUUUCAACAAUGUGCUCAAGGAGGAGCUACCACAGCUGUUCAGACUCGAACGCGAGUUCAUACGUCCGCUAUUUCAGUCUUUCUACUACAUGCAGCUAAACAUCUUUUAUACCCUUCACGAGAAGAUGCAAGACAUCGACAUUGGUUAUUUCAACCUUACUUUGGCUAUUGAGGACUCCUUUGAGGAGAAGCGUGGCGACACCCAAGCCCAAGCAGAGGCUAUCUCAAUCGUCAAAUUCAAGACUACAGGGCAAAGGAAGUUGAAUCAGUCCCGAUAUGGCCAGAGUAAAUACGCGCUUGAAAACAAGCGUGAACCUAAGCUAUUGACUCAAGGCUCGGGGAGAAGCUCCUUGUCAGACGGCAAGGAGAGUGCUCCCCCACCAUAUAGCCCUCCUAGCUCAACGACAUCACCUCCUGUGUCGGGUGCGAAUUGGGGCACGGUAGCCAAGUCGAAACCACCACCACCGAAACCGAAACCCUCGAGGCUUAGCGGAGCACCCACGGCAGCAGAGACCGUGACGGCAUUAUAUGACUACGAAGCACAAGCCCAUGGCGAUCUGAGUUUCUCAACUGGCGAGGUGAUUGAGAUUGUGCAGCGAACGCAGAACGAAAAUGAGUGGUGGACAGGGAAAAUCGGAACGCGGCAAGGGCAAUUCCCUGGUAACUACGUGCAGCUAAACUCAUGA